CGGACGCUCGCCAGCCUUUCCCAGAGGCUCAGCGUGCGACUUCCAUAGCAACGCACCCACGCCGGAAGGCCUGGGUUUGGCGCAGCCGCAGGAGCAGCGCGGAGCAGGUUGCUUGCUAUGUCUGUGGCCGAUACUACAAAACCCCACUCGGAUGAGCCCUUGGCCAGGGUGGCCUUGGAGACCGGCAGGAACGGCCAGGGUGCAGGCAACCUGCCCACCAGCAGUAGGCCAUCCAGCGGCAGCGUGGACUACAGCCGCUCCCAGUGCUCCUGUGGCAGCCUGCACUCCAACUGCGACUACUCAGAGGACUUUGUGUCCCUGUGCUCCGACCUGGCCACCAACAGGAGCUACCUAGAGCCAAGGGUGGCCAGAGAUAAGAGGAGGUUCCACGCGAGCAAGGUUGCCCAGCCUAAGGGUCAGAAGGAAGCCUCGGUGGGGAAGAAGCAGCCCUGGAUGGCACCGUGCCUGCACUCUCAGCUCAGCCUGGUGGCGCACAGGAGAGACGCCAUGGCCCACCGGGUGCUCUCGGCACGGAUGCACAAGAUUAAAGAGCUGAAAAAUGAGCUGGCGGACAUCCACCGCAAACUAGAAGCCAUCAUCCUCGAAAACCAGUUUCUGAAACAGCUGCAGUUUAGACACCUGAAGGCCAUAGGGAAGUACGAGAACUCGCAAAGCAAUUUGCCGCAGAUCAUGAUUAAGCAUCAGAAUGAAGUGAAAAACCUGCGGCAGCUGCUCAGGAAAUCCCAGGAGAAGGAAAGAACGGUCUCUAGGAAGCUCAGGGAGACUGACGGUGAACUGCUGAAGACCAAGGAUGCCCUGCAGGUGCUGCAGAAGCUCUCGGAAGACAAAAACCUCGCAGAGAGGGAAGAACUGACCCACAAACUGUCCGCACUGAUGGCGAAAAUGGAGGCGAAUGACAAGAAGAUACAGAGCCUGGAGAGGCAGCUGAGGCUCAACGCGCGCACCUUCACCCGGCAGCUGGCGGCCGAGAACCGCAAGACGCAGGCAGCUCAGAUGGCCACGAAUACCCUGCAAGUGGAGGUCAGGCGCCUGCAGCAGAAACUCAAGGAAAAGGAGCGUGAGCUUGAAAUAAAAAACAUCUAUACUAAUCGAAUACUGAGAAAUAUACGGGAACUAGAAGAUUACCCAAAAGUUUCUUCAACAAAAUCAGUACAAGCAGACAGGAAAAGCUUGUUACUUAUAAACGUGAGACACCAGGAAACCCAGAAGUCAGAAGAUGUGCCAUCCUUGACAACUAAGGGUAAAAAGAUAACAAGAAACAUUCAUCCUAAAGAGAAAUCAACUGAAAUAAACCUUGAAAUUCCACACUGUGUCAGUAACCUACCAAAGCAAGAAGAUUCCAAGAGAAAAUUCAAAGAUUUAUCAAAGGAAGACGAACAUCUGGACGCGCACGCAGUUCUGGAGGCUGCUGGGAGACAAAAGGAGAAAAAGGAAGACCUAGAAAAGAAAGCCCUUUUGCAGGAGCCCGAGCUGCUCUCCCAGAGAGGGGGGCCCCACGGCGGCCCUCCGGACCUCGCAAGCUCUCUGGACGACAGCGGCACAGCCGGCCAGGAAAGGCCAAGGCGGGGCGUCCCGCAGGGCGACUCGGAGGCCGAGGCGGAGGCGCAUGCGGGCUCAGAUCGCGAUCGCGAUGGCGAUCGUGGGGCCCCAGGCAGCUCCAAGCCACCCUGCAGGCAGCGGAAGCUGUACGCCUUCACGGAGGCCACGGAGAACCUGCACCACGGUCUCCCCGCGUGCGGCGGCCACGGCCCAGGCCACCAUGGCGCACACCGGGCUCCCAGGCCAGAGGCGGGCGGGGGCUACGAACCCUCCUUCGGGAAGUCCGCCCGGACCAAGGCCAAGGACCCCGCCUUCCGGGAGCGCAAGAGCAGCCUGAUGGAGGAGCUCUUCGGGGCCGGCUGCGUGCUGAGAGCCGACCGAGCUGCGCCCGGGCCGGCGGAGGGGGGCGCAGACACUGCCCUGAAGAAGGCGCCCCCACCGCAGCCGCCCCCGGGCCGAGCCUCGGCCAGCAACGCCUUUGGGGACUCCAAGGCCACCGUGGGCAGCUCCGCCAGGUCGUCGCCACCCGCGGAAGAAAAGCGAAUCGCUUAAAUAUAACCGAUGUCUUAAGGCACCUCGGCCUGCCAUCCUGCUUCUUCCGUAUGACGCUCGCGUGCAAGAGAGGGUGUGUCAGGGUGUGCGCUGGAAUUCAUGUUAGACUUUGGAGAGUCCAGUGUCAAAAUCCGUUGUAUGCUAGCCAGCGAUGGCAUUUAAAUACAAAUUUGCAGCAUUUUUCUAAAAGCGAGCCACGUGCAUUAUUUAACGUUUUUUGUAAGACCCAUUUCUUAGACGGCUUUGGUUCCGUGGGAACAGUCCAGGGACGUAUCUGCAAGUAAAAUCGCGCCAGCCAGCCAAACAGCGGGAUUAGAACUGCGAAAUGCGGAAAGCAGUUUGGAGGGAGAACACAGGAUCCAAAGACACUUCGCAUAGGAAAAACAAGUGCGAUGAUUACCAAGCUUCGGUUUAUGAACACAGAUUUUGAGGCUACUCCUAUUCAGCUGCACUGGGCAUCUCCUAUACUGUCUCUGCCUUUCCUCAUGGACACCCUAAGAUCUGGUAUCUUUGUAUGGAGAUUUAUUGCAUGACCCCUCCGUGACAACCUUUUCCCACUUAAUCUUGUUUUAAAAAAACAUGAUGUAGCGUUCACUCGAA